CAUGAGGUAAUGUCAGCAACGUUAAUAUUGGAAGUGAGCCACGCCCGCAUUAAUGGCUCGUUCUAUGUACAGUCGAACCAAGGUUCCUCGUCUGGUAGGACACGUUCACGCCAGCGGUCACGUGGACGACGUCUGCUGUGUUGACUGGGCGCUCGCAGGUUCGGCGCCAUGGAAGCAGUUGCCCGGAUGCACGCUGCAUCGGCACCGGAUGACACGAAGAAUCGGCUUCUCUAUGGAUCUGCUGCAGUAUGCGUUCGGCCCUCGUGGAGCACGGUCGUGCCAGGUGAUCAAGCCUGGUUGUGGAAGUCGACAAGAAAGCAAGUUCGCACGCGCCAGCGAUUCUGCCAUGCGACGACGGCAGGAUGUUCGAGACCAGUCGCAGCCGUACACUCGGGCGCAACCUCAUCGAAGCCGACGACGAACAUGUUCAGGAUCGUCUGGAUUUGGAAGGUGGGGCGCGACCAAUCAAAAACCCUAAGAAUGCCAAGUUCCACGUGAUCCCGCGCGUUGAGCGUGUCACGUUCCAAGCCACCCGCCUUCGUCGAACACCAACACCAACACCACCGCCACCACCUGCACCACUACCACUACCACGCCCAUACCGACGAACCCCUGUCGAUGCGCCGCGCAUCUUCAAUCUCCUGCUCGCAUCUGCCAAAUCCUUGUUUCCGUCGCUAUCGCACCCAUUGCGCGUUUCGCACACUCGCAUCAAGCCUAUCAUCCUUGCGAACUUCACAAGGCCUCUGGCGGCCCUCGCUUUCCCUGCCCCACACGCUGCCUCAACGUCUGUAUCUCCAGUUCCGUGCUCGCUUGCCUUCAAGUAUGACGAUGCUGCCAGGCAGGCCACUGUCUUGCUUGUGGCCACGGUCGCCAGCAUCGCCUCGCAUAGCUCACGUGACACUCACACGUUUGUUCUGCAGUACGACGCCGACCGCUUGCUGCCUGGCGCCGCCAGCCUGCAGAGUGGCAGCACAGUCCUCUCGCAGUUCGACGGAGUGCUGCGAGCCAAGGAUGACCGGCGUCCCCAGGUGAAGACGCUUGCGUUCAGCCUGGAGCGCCCGUGUCUUGUGUGGUGUCCGGGCGGCCUCUUCUUCGCGCAUAAGCCGGGCUCCGAGAUCUCGUUUCAGCACCUUACUGAACUCGCCUCAGCGACCCAGAUUCACAUCGUGUUUGACUACAAGUACCUGCUGAGAGAACAGCUGAGCGCGUUCAGAGCUUUCGCCAAGGCGGCGCAGGACUUGAGCGGAUAUCCGUCCCCGGCACAGUCCGUGCCGCACUCGCCCACCCCGUCGCAUGCAUCAGACAAAACCGUGCCUCUGAGCCCGGCAGCGGCCGAGGCACUCCGGGCGACACUUCCCCGAGAACCUCUGUUCGAUUACCAGACUGAGGCCAUCAACGCUGCGGUCAACAGACAUCUCCCUGCUCACUUGGAGCGCGUACUGCCAACCCUCCUCCCAGACCUGCUCCAGGCCCUGCUCACCCGCGCACCCGCGUCCCUUCCUGGCUCCCCACACACUUCCUUCACCUCAUCCAUCACGUCACCAUCCAGGCCUCCACCGCUGACGCCCCUUGCGCAAGCCCUUCUGCACCAUCUCCGCACCCACCUUCAAGACCAGUUCCAAACCUACCAAACCCACCAACUCAGGCAGUUCCAGAACAUGCUCGAUUGCCUCUGGGACUCCGCUGAAGCCGCGCGCGCCCACGAGGCAGCCGAAUUAAUUGACGACCUGGAAGACCAUAAGACGGAGCUGCUUCUCCUCCGCAACGACACCAUCAACGAGCUGUCGCGCGAAAUCGAUGCCGUCUUCGAGAAGAGCCGCGAGGAGGGCUGGGAGCUGAACGACAAGUUGGAAGAGCAGUAUGCGGCGGCGCUCGGUGAUGUGUGCGAUAAGAUCGAGCGGCUGAAGCGGGUGCGGGUGAAGAAAAUGGUGGCCUGUGAGGUGAGGAACUCUGUUUGGCGCAAGAAGGGGGUGCGUAGAGGGGUGAAAAAGGAGCCGGGGAGGAGUGGUAAGAGGCUCUUGGGGAGGAAGAGGGAAGCCGAGGAAGAGGUGUGGGUCGAUUGCUGA